UUUUGCAGUGCGGACUGGCGGCUGAGAGGAAUAGACGGAAGAUAGAGAGACGGGGACACAUGAUGAGAGGAGGAGACGGAGAGGAAACCCAUUCCAGCUGUUUUCGAGUCGUGAGAACUUCUUCACAUUCAAGAUUUUUCCACAAGGGAACAAACGUCUGACGUUCUUGGUCAGUGCCAAACAAAGACACUGAAUCGGGACAGAAACGGCAGCCGUGUUUUUUUUGCGUCACAGUCGUUUCACGAGUUUCAAACAUGAAUGCCGAAAACUCGUCCCUGCUGGACAGCUUGUUGUUUGCCCCCAUGUGCGAUGGCUGGAGCAACAACACAGAGGGAGCCCUCUACCACUUGGGACACACCGUCAUGUUCCUGGGCUACAUGGGUGGCAGCGGGGCCUACGGGUGCCUCUUCAUCUUCGGCUUCCUGACCCCGGCUUUCCUGUGCCUGACCCUGUGGGGUUGGCUGACCAUGUGCGGCCUGUGCGUGUUCACCUGGAACCUGCUGCUGCUGCUGGCCUGCGUCGCCCAGAUCUGCCACCUUCUCUACCGGCUGCAGCAGGAGGGCAUACGCAGCGAGGAGCUGACCUCCCUGUACCAGGCGGUCUACCUGCCGCUGGGCGUCCCCGUCCAGGUGUUCAAGGAGAUCGCGAGCGCUUUUGACAACAGGGUGGUGGAGCUGAAGGCAGGAGAGACGUACGCUGUGGAGGGCAAUACACCCAUCAACCAGCUCUCCUUCCUGCUGUCUGGGAGGAUCAAUGUGUCUUUGGAGGGACAGUUCCUGCACUACAUCCACCGCCACCAGUUCCUCGACUCUCCAGAGUGGGAGUCUCUCAGACCAAAUGAGGAGGGAAAGUUCCAGGUGACACUGACAGCAGAGGAAGACUCCCGCUACGUCACCUGGCGUCGCCGCCACCUGUACAUGCUGAUAUCUAGGGAGCGCUACAUCGCUCGCCUCUUCUCCGUCAUGCUGGGCUACGACAUCGCCGAAAAGCUCUACAACCUCAACAACAAGCUUUUCAUCAAGAGUGGCGUGCUGCUGGACAUCCGCCUGCCCAGCCUCUACCACGUGCUGGCCCCUUCGUCGCAGGGCAGCGAGGGCGGCAGCGGCAGCGACAGUGUCGGCAUCACGAAGGAUCCACACUUCACGCAGCACGACGAAGACCAAGUGCCGGCCUACGAGAAGUGCGACCACCCCCAGUCUCUACAACCGUACCUGGACGAACCCCGGGCCCUCCAGCCUGACCACCAUCAGCACCCGUGGGCAUCAGACCCGGAGCUGCUCUCUGGUGAGGACUCCACCAGCCUGGUCCUGGAGGACUUUACUGAUGUAGCGGGCUCCUUAAUGGAUUAUGGCAGUGAGAGGGAUUAUUUGAAAUAGAGGGUCAGGGUGCUGGAGCUAACACACUGGGUCACCACUUAAGCUACAUGAGGUGAUAGUGAAAGGAACGUACCACCUCGAUUUCAGAGGGGCCGAGCGCCGCUGGCUCCCACCGACACUCCCAAACUGUGAGAAGAGUCUCUCCUGGAAAACACACUGUGCCGUGGACAGUGCAGAAGUACGAACGUGUCCCACCACGUCACGACUCCCUGUCCCCGUGUUCUCACCUCAGAUGUCCCCUCUUGUGCCUGUUAUCUGUUAUCUUCUGAACACAAUGGACACGUUGGACAUUAUCGCAGAUACUUUUCAAUAACCUUUAAAACACCAGCAACCUGAACCUGGCGCUGAGGCAGGAUCAGAGAGACCACCUUUACUUUUUCACCUUACCAGCACGUUAAACGUUGAUAGAAAACGUUAUUUGUUUGUCGUAAAAAAAAAUCAAUCAAUCAGAUUUUCAUUGUUUCCAUGUUUUCAUCUCCAUGUGUUUUUAAAUCUGGACUCAACCUCACGUUUAUUGAAUUACUUUUUAGAGUUUGUUUCACAGAAUCACGGAUACUCAGCAUUUUCCAAGAGUAUCCAUUGUUUUGAAUCUGACAAAUUUAGCCGCAUUCAGUUUGGAAAGUCACAUACUAUAAAUGGAUGUUGUGUAAUUAAUUAAAAAGAUGAUAUUUUCUGAGUAAAAAACACUUUAAUGUUACUUUCACGUGCUUAUGUACCUGAAUGUUGGGCCUCAUGUACUGAAGAUAGACCCUACUUGUCUUUUGUUGACAUAUUGGAUCCCCGUAGACCAUGUAUUUUUGUAACUGACUAUGUAAUACGUGCAUAAAGUAUAAAUACUCUGUUUUUAUUUCUUCCAGAUUAGAGAGAUGGGACUAAAGCGAUGUGUUUGUUUGUUUGUUUUCCCUCGGGGCCAAGAUUUCUCCAUAAAGUUGUUUGUGUGCAGUGAA